GCGGAUUCGUUCGGCAUGCUUAAAGAAAGUGGUUGAUUUUUUCGCUUCUUGGUGCUUUCGUGUUGAGUUUUCUCGCGAAACCAAUCCCGUUCAUAUGGAUACGACGUUGAGGGUUUCCAUUGGUGGUGCAAUAAGGGAUAUGUGAAUGAGGAUCAAGUUUCCCAAUCCUCCAGCGGAUUUGAAGAGUGCGGAUUUCCUAAAGCCCUCGAAAUAAUUUUUCGAAACGAGUCCUUUUCGAGGAUUUUUCUAAGAAAUUGUGCUAGAAACGUUCCUGCCGUUUCUUUUCCGGAGAAGAAUUUUAAGCUUCAGCUCCAAGUAGUGCCAAAUUUGUUUACAGUUCACGUGCUCCAAUUGGUAUACUUCAACCGGCAGAAGGAAAGCCCAAUUGUGUCUACCAAUCAAAGACUCCCCGUUACUAGAUUCGGUUUAGGCCAAUGACGUGAUUUAAUAAAAAUAGCCGAAGAAAUUUGGAAAUCAUCCACCACAAAGUAAAUGUUUGUGAUCAAGUGAGGUGCAUUCAUGUUAUGCGACAGGUGUCGGUUAUUUUUGUUGGAGAAAAUUUUUCACAGGAACAGCAAAUUUAUUUUCGAUAAUAUGAUUGCUUCUUAUUGGAUUAUAAUCACCUUUGUCAGCCUGGUGGAGUUUUGCGACUCGAACCAGCACGAAAAGAUCAGCUUCUUACCGGAACCGGUGUGCGGCAACACAUCUUUCCUGGAUGUCUGUUUUCAAAACACAACACAGAAAGUGGCUUUGGAUUUACUACACACGUCUAAGGUUCCCGAAACUGAGGAGGAAAUCUCCAAAAGAUGCGAAGUCUUCAACCGGGGGAUGGCCUGUGUCCAGAGGUAUGUGGAUUCCUGUCUGGAUUCUGUGAAACGCAGAAUCAUCGACAACGAGGUUUACGGUGCCAAGAAGCUGUACGCCUAUCUGUGCCAAGAUCGGUCCUUCCAAAGGGAAUUCCUGAAACAUAAAACAUGUUUCGUCCAUGUGCAGAACCACUGGAACACUUGUUCCCGGGAUUUCGUUGCCAUCCUGAAGGAUGAGAUGGCACAUCCGGCGUCUAACAGCAACACUCUCUAUCUGAAUUUUUGCUGUGCCCGCUAUGGAUACGAAAAUUGCGUCUACAACAGUGCCGCCUUAAUGUGCACACCGGAAUCGGCUCGGUUUCUGAGAAAGAUCGCCACGCUGUUAUCGAGUGAUAGGCAUUUCCAAAACUGUGAUAGAAUCGAAACGGCCAUGUGCUCGUCGGCUUCCGGAUUGGCGAAAGAAUCUCGACUUGCACAGAUUGUACCACUCCAGAUGAUGAUGAUGCUGGUGUUGUUGUUGUUUGUGUUGACAUCCGGUCCUAGAAUGAGCUGCACAACAUUGAGGGCUUCGUCUUCAUUAAGAUUACUUCCACCGACGACAGAAGAAGAUGGAGUUUUGUGGGGACCAAUUUGAUGUGCCUGUUCGAUAAGUAGAAUUGAUUUCGUAUUAACGUCAUAGGUGAUGUAGCGGAUGCAGUGAAGUGAGUGUGAACGAUAGUGUUUCUUUAAACAAGCAACAAGCUUAAUCUUCUGUACAUGAUGAAGCUUUGCGGCAUAAAGAAAAAUAUAUUGGAAAAAAAUAUAAAAAAUAUUUGUGAGUUUUGUUCCAGAGGGUUUACGAUAAUUUAUUUCAAGAAUGAAUCGGUGAAUCAUGCUACAUUAAUCUUCCAUGUAUGUAUUACAUGUUUAUAGAUGCAUAUAAUGUUAAAAUGUCGAAAUCAAAUUUCACAGUGCGACUUCUUUUAAUGCCAUAAGUCUCGGAGAUGAAUACAAGGAAAAAGCAAAUGUUUUUGCGGAAAAACAUGAAAUUUAAGGUACUUUUGUGAUUAUUUUAAGAAAGAUGAUAUUAGAUAAGAUUCAAGUUCAAAAACAAAAGUACAUUAUACCGUAGGUUCCUGAAGCUCCUGUCAUAAAGAAUUUAAAAAAUAUAUAAAAAAGUGCUCGACAAAAACCGGUUUCGAUGUUGUGAAGUGAAAUGCAUUCCAUACUCAAUGACCAUGAAAAUGCAUCGACCCUCUCCAAUUUGACCCGAAAUCAGUAGGAUGACUCAUUGUCAUGUUAAUAAGGAAUAUUCAAAAAUUUGAGUGAAACGGACCAUCCUCAUCCGAAUAGGAAUCCCCCUUCCUUAAAAAUUUUGCCUUUUUAUCCUAUAAGUCAUCCGUCCUACUGAUUUUGUGCCGAAUCGGAGAGGGUCGAAGUAUUUUCAUGGUCAUUUGGCAUGGAAUGACACAUGUAUUUUCUGAUACAUAGAUCGUUAAAGCGCAAAUAUAUU